UUCCAAAAUCAAAUUUCGAAUUUCAUCAUCCAGCUUAUCGCAUCCGCCGAAUUAAUAAUAAUGUACAAAGUACAAAGGAAUUUACAAAACCGGGUCUGGCCACACCGAGCCGGGACCCCGGUGCCGAUGGAUGGUACGAUCCCCGCAUUCGCUUCGUCUAGCUAUCCGCUAUUCAGUCGAACGCGGCGUCUCGUUGCGCACGCAUGUCGCAUUUUUCGUAAAGCGGUACGCGAACCAGCUGUAUUGUCGAACAACGAUAAAAAUAAAUACGAUAUGCAUUCAUGAGACAAACUGCUAAACAAAACGAGUGUACUCGACAUCUGUUGUUUUUACAAAGCUACUACAACUUGUUACGGCGGGAUUGUUUUGAUAACAUAGUCGCCGAAUCGAGUCGUGCAUCGAUUUUACCCAGAAAAAUACUUUGGAUUGAAGUGUUUUAUAAGUGUUUAGUGCUCUCAAGGAGGCUGUGUGACCCUACUAUGUCAGCAACAAACAGUGUUAUUAGUGUAAAGUUGAACCAACCCUCCAGCACGGGCUUGUUGUGAUAAAGUCGUGAAGUUUGUGUGAUUAUUUUUGGAAUUACAUGCGUGGGCUCCGUUGCCCACAUCUAAAUACUGCGCUUUGACUCAACUGUUGAAGCGUGUAAGAAGCCUAACUCGUGCGAACCUCCGUCAUUGAAAACAACAGCGAAAAUGAUGUGGCCCUCAUCACAAGCGAGUAAAAUACUCACGUUUCUACUUCUAGUCAUUGUUGUAUACUGCAUAUGCAUGGACACACUACUAUUUUUAAGGAUACAAAACUAUAAAAUUGAUAUAUUCGAUGUAGAAACAAAUGUAACGCACGAAUCCACAACGUUGAAGGAAAGUAGAACGUUACCGAGCUACGAGGAAUCGACAUGGGUUCCUUGUACCAUAAACCCUUUGUGCCAUCCGACGGUUAAAGCGUUAAUGGUGGAUCAUAUCAACCACUAUAUUUAUGGGCCUUUGUGUGCGAUCGUGGAUUUAGGUCUAGGCAUUUCUGAGAACAUGAAGUUCAUAACACCGAACAUGAUAUCGUUCUUCCAUGUUUUCGUUGCACUGGUUGGAGCGAAACUUGUCACCAGUCCCAGUUUAGCUUCGAGGAGGAUAGGUGUAGUGCUGUUCCAAAUACGCAUGUUCCUGGAUGACCUGGAUGGCCAUGUAGCUAGAGAGAGAAAGCAUAUAAAGGGAGAGAAGUCUGAAGUUGGAACGCUAGGGUACUGGGUGGACGGUAUUUGUGACACGUUAGGUGUUAUCGCCAUGAUGGUGGGGAUCACUCUGUACUUACGAAACAAUCCCCCAAGGCGGGGGUACAAGAACACGCCUGUCAGCACCCUGCCUUACCACCAGUUGAAAGAAAUCAAUUCCACGGAAGAUAUAGAGAAGGACCACAAUACAGACAACGGGAUUUCGUACAAAACUAAAGUGACCUUCCAGAAAAUAAUCCAAGUUAUUGGCCUGUUCUCCGGCCAAAUGCUGCUGUCUUCAUUAUCCUGGAACAGAUACAUAGAUAUUUACCAAGACUUGUUAGAGAACUGCACUGAAUACGAUGUAAUAAGACGCGAAACUAUGUUCAAGUCUGGUAAGUUUUUCUUCGCGUCAGGCAUUUGGAGGAUAACGAACCCUCACAGUUACCUCCAUGCCCUCUCCCUAGCAGUGUUCUGUGAUAAAACCUGGUGUUUCCUAAAAACUGUACACUACAUCGGCUAUUUAGGGUUAGUCGUGUCCGUUGGUAUUUCAGAAUUCCUAAUUGAUAAUAUUAGAUCGUACGUCAUGGCGGGAAUUGAAGGGCGAUGAUUAUUUUCUUACGAAAAUAUAUUACAAACGUAGGUAGUUGUUGAAAUGUUAUAAAAUAAGGUGCUCUGUUAUAUUUUUGGAUAAAUAAAAUGAAUAUAAUAAUAGUUGUUUCUUCCAAAUUUUAAUAGGUUAUAGUCUUUGUUUGAUAAAUUAAAAAAAAAAAAACAAUGUUGAAGGAAGUAAUUUGAACCCUUAUUCCGUAGUCAGGAAUUCCGUUAAUAUUUCAAAUUUAAAAUUAGAACAGAUACUAAAAUAGUUCGAUCUCAAGCCAGUUGCGUUCACCAUUGUUUUGUUUAUGGUUGCACUGUUUUAUGUCGGUGGCAGAACCAAGUGAGAUGGGUGUUUCGUAUCGUGGAAAGUGAAACGUAAAUAAUAAAUAUCUACUGCUUUUCAAUAACUAAAUAUUAACUGUAGUUAAACAGCGGAAUUUUAUUAAAAUAAUCAUGCUGGUAUUGUUAUGAGAUCCAAUGUCCUUUAAUUCUCGGAGCUGCGGACUACCUAGCGGGUUUACCGGGGCUUCAUCUCGAAGAGUAGGAGUAGGAACGAGAUGGUUUGCAGUCAGUAAGAGUCUGAUACUUCGCCUCGCCUUACUCAAGGCGGGAGAAGUAAUUGGAUGAUUUCUCCCCCAUAAAAAAAGUCCCUUAAUUAUGUCUAGCUAGGGAUCCUUACAGUUUUAUCUACGUCCCUUUAAUACUCGAUUGAAAUAGGUACCUACAAUGAGUAACAAUUAACCAAUUAAAAAUGCUUCAAUAACUAACUUAAAAACCACUAUGACCUAUUUUAUUUGUUAAACGUUUAAACUAAUCGUACAUUUUUCAAUGGAUCACAAAAACAGAUGUUCUCAAUUCUACGCACAGUCAUUCGUUUUUUCUCUAUCAAGUACCUUUGAACGAUUACGCGUCACAUUUUUUUAUAGUUAGAAUAAUCCGUUACCCCUAACUACAAGAAUUACAAAAACAUAGGACCAUUUUAACUGUUUGAACUCAAUUUCAACAAUAACAAAUUAUAAUUCAUUUCAUUAGUUACGUGAGUUUAAAUCCGUAGUUAAUCCACAUUUCAUACUUAAUAAUUUAGUUUGAAACUAACUUACCUCGCUAAAUAGGUAGGUAAUUCCCAAAAGGUUUAACUAAUUAUGUACCUAGUAAAGUCAUUAAACCCGUUUCUACUAAUGUUUAAUUAUCAUGUUGGUCCAGAGAGUACCAAUACGACUACUGAUUACACGAUCUUGGGUUCGUAAAAAUUACUUAUAUUAAUUAGCUACUUCUGCGCGGUUUCACCCGCACUGCUCGGUUCCUAUUGAUCGUGGUGUGAUGAUUUAUAGCCUAUAACCUUCCUCGAUAAAUGCGCUAUCCAACACGAAAAUAAUUAUUCAAAUCGGACCAGUAGUUCCUGAGAUUAGCGCGUUCAAACAAACAAACAAUCAAACAAACUCUUCAGCUUAAAAUAUUAGUAUAGAUUAUGUUAUCGGCUUACUCACGUAACUGUUUGACGAGGAACUCGACUAGUUUCAAGCCAUGCU